UCUAGCAGACGAGAGUUGAAUUACUCCUGCUUCUACCCUCCUGCUCCUUCUGCUAGCGCCCCAGCCCCCUAGCUAGCACCCAUCCCUGCAUGCAUCCCAGUCAGUGGUGGGUGUACCAUUAAACGCGAGUUAUUUAAGAUAUUACAGUAAAUUACGCAUUCGUAAUAUCGCGUUCUCUCAAGCCUACCUCCACAAAGCAGAAGAACAUGGUUGUAUAAACUCGUGCGAGCAGCCGCCACAUCAAAAGAGCACACAGACACAUCGCAACAGCCCACCGAUAGUAGACAUGGACAUGCAAUCCCUUCAGGGCUUGCCACCACUACCCAAGAGCCUGAGCGGAUUGCUCAACUUCAGCAGCAGCCAGUGGCGAGAGCUAGAGAGGUUGCACACAAUGCGGACUUUAAUCCAACAGGACCUGAGCCGGAGCGCCCCUGGACACAACCUCCACAAUUCUGCUCACGGACGUUCACGGCACCACAUCGCCCCGCAGGGGGGCGAACGCCCCCCGCAUGCAGAUCAAGCCGUUGUGCCACCGUCCAGCGGACGUGGGACGCAGGAGAGUGGAGAUCAGCGGAUGACACGAACGACUAGGCUCGAUGCGCAGCUUGCUCUGCUCCGCAAAGAGAUGGUCGGACUCCGCCAGCUAGACAUGUCCCUCCUCUGCCAACUAUGGUCCCUCAACGAGUCAAUCCAAGAAUACAAGCAGGCACUGCAGGAACGCUCCCCAACGUGGGACCCCACCCACGAAGAACUCCUCGGUCAACUUAACGGACGCAAUUCGGUGUCACCGUUCGAGGUGAACAGCAGUCCGUCUCCUCAUCCGCGGGGCCACGCCGUGGCAACUCCUCAACGUCACUCGCAUCACAGACCACGUAACCUGUGCUCUGUGCCCGAGAAGACAUCUCCGCGCGCGUCAUCCUGCUCGAGCAUCGAGUAUGAUGACGUUAUGUAAUUUUAGACUGUAGGUGCUGCGUUCAUUUCAUGAAACGGGUGUGUCAUUCUCUGAGAAGGCUUCGAUGUCUUUGAUAGUCUAAGAAACAUGUGCUACGGGGUUGUCAAAGUGGCUUUGUAAGAGUACCUGUCACUAAUACUGCUUGAAAUGGACGCAUUUUCUCUGACAGAAUAGUAAGAAGAUGCAGAGAUUGUUUGUUUACUUGAAAGAUGAAGAAACGUAAAGGCAAUACGGACAGUGUUCACUAGCAACUGGCUUUUUGGCCCAGUGAACCCAAUAACCCUGUAGCUAGUGGAUGCUGUCGGUGUCUCUCUUUUGCGUUUCUUAGGGUUUCACAUUUAUUUCUUUUCACGCAGAAUUUGACGAGGACGUUUGCCUUAAGAAUCGCUCACAAAGCAGGUAUACUGCGACAUCCACCCAGCUGUGUGGUGUGAGGUUGUGGGCUGGAGGCACAGUUACGUUGCAGCAGUUACCCCCCAACAACAGGGAGACGUGUUUGCACUCAUCCGGUAGCUGUGUUAGCUCUGUUUAGUGAAUCUAUGUAUUGUAGGAUCGAACUAUUUUUGCAGCGCUAUUUAACCUGCACAUGUAACUUCCUCUAGCUUAGAAGCAUAAUCCACAAGGACAGCGUCUGUAGUUCCUAUCCUAAGCAGCUAUCGAUGCUUUGAAUCCCCACUGCAAUCUUCCUUAUCAAAAUAACCACCCAAUACGUAUCAAAAUAGUGUGCCAUAUACAAGGUUUUGAGGUGUUCCUCUUUCUUCUGUUCAUUAAUUUUACAGUGUCUAUUACGUAUUUUAUUACAACGCUUGCGUGAUCUUCUCCAAACUGGCAACUGUAUUUCACAUUUACAAAUUGUUUACAGACCUUGUCAAGCAAAGACUGUUUAUAUCUGCAUUCCCGUAUUAUUUUCGGCGAUUGUUAUCAGUGUACAGUUGAAUAUUGUGGUAUUUACAAGUCCUUUUAUGUACGUUAUAAUUUUACAAUAUGCAUUGUGCCAUGUAGAAAUAUUCUACCUGCAUAAAAAGUUUAUAUCACAUC